AUGCCGCCUAAUAUCAAUCUCCGAUCUCACCUCCGGCAAGAAGGUCAUCAUCCUCGUCGUCCCCGACGCGUUCACCCCACCUCCUCGCAGAAGUAUCUUCCGGGGUUCGUGGAGAAAGCUGUCGAGUUCAUGGCCAAAGGAAUCGACACCAUCGUGUGCGUUUUCCUGAACAACGUCUUCGUGAUCAAGGCGUGGAAGGCAAAUCUGAAGAUUGGGGAUGAGGUGCUUCUGUUGAGCGACAGCAGUGGACGAUUACUCGAGCAAUUGGGUGCCAGCUCGAUUUAA